AUGUUCCGGCCAUUGGCCGGCCAUGGCCGAAGCCAGAGUUCUGCAGCUGCAGGCUUUGCGCGGAUGGCCUGGCAUCGCAGACAAACACCGCGACGGCCAUGGUCUUUUGCAGUCCGGUGGGCAUCUGCCCUGACGGACGCAAAGACCACUCUUGCCUUGCCGUCCGAGGCGCGUUACAACGCGAUCGGAGUCCAGCAGGUCAGCAACCAUAUCUACGAUCAGAUCUUUCCUGGUGGCAGCAAUCCCCCGUCUGAAGAGCUGGUCAAGCUGGCCGAGGACCACCUCCGUCGCCACGAUCUGUUGGGCAAGAACACCGGCAUCACAGAUCCUAUCGCCUUCGAUCUCCCUCCUCUGCAGGGCGACUCGCUCGACGAGCACUUUUACAGGCUUGGCGUAGACGCUGCCGAGCCCUUUCUCAGCUUGGCGAAGCAGUUUUCUCGCGCAAACGCCCCCCCGCUUCCGCGACGGUGGGAGCGGCAAAGCGGGUGGACCAAGUACUACCAGGACGGCCGGACCGAGGCCGUAGCAUGCCCAGAGGAGGCGAUGCUCGUGUUUGACACCGAAGUCUUGUGGAAAGAAAGCCCAUUUGCGGUCAUGGCCUGUGCCGCAAGCCCGACGGCUUGGUAUGCCUGGCUGUCGCCAUGGCUGCUGGGAGAGUCGGACAACGACUGCCAGCUGAUUCCGCUGGGCGACCCGGCUGCAGACCGGAUUGUCGUCGGCCACAACAUCGGCUACGACCGUGCCCGGGUCCUGGAGGAAUACGACCUGCGACAGUCCCGCAACGCCUUUCUGGACACCAUGUCCCUGCAUGUUGCCGUCAAUGGCAUGUGUUCGCAGCAACGGCCGACGUGGAUGAAGCACAAGAAGAACCGCGAGCUGCGCGAUCGCGUCGCCCAGGACACUGACAACUUUGAGCUGUCACAGCUGCUGCAGAACAGUGCGCUGACGGCCGAGGAGGAGGAGUUAUGGGUCGGCCGAAGCUCUGUCAAUUCGCUGCGUGAUGUCGCCAAAUUCCACCUCGACGUCGCCAUCGACAAGUCCGUUCGGGAUGAGUUUGGCGUGCUGGACCGGACUGGGGUCCUCGACAAGCUCGAUUCCCUGCUGUACUACUGUGCUGCUGACGUCGCCGUGACGCACCGCGUCUUUCAGAUCGUCUUUCCCAACUUCCUCGACGUGUGCCCUCACCCGGUCAGUUUUGCUGCCCUUCGCCAUCUCUCGUCCGUCAUCCUCCCCGUGAACAAAUCUUGGGAAACGUACAUUGCGAAUGCCGAGGCCACGUACCUCCAGCUGUCUGAUGCCGUUCAAGGCCGGCUAAUUUCUCUGGCAAAUGAGGCGCUUGAGAUCCUAGACGACCAGGACAAAUGGAGCCAAGACCCUUGGAUGCAGCAGUUGGAUUGGUCCGUACAGCCCGUCAGGAUGGUGAAGGGCAAGCGGAAGGGGGAAGCCGAUCGCCCUGCCCUUAACCAGAAGAUGCCCGGAAAGCCAACGUGGUACAAAGGCCUCUUUCCCUCGGCAAACGCGGAAAUAAAUUUGACCGUUCGGACACGCAUUGCCCCGAUCCUUCUGCGCCUAUCCUGGGACGGACGCCCGCUCGUCUGGUCUGACAAGCAUGGUUGGACAUUCCGGGUCCCGGUGAGCGAAGCAGUGCACUACGACCAGAAGCAGAUGGCCCGGUGCGACAUGGAAGACGAAAAGAUUGAGCUGCUCAAGAAUGACGUUCACCAUGUCUACUUCAAAUUGCCCCACAAAGACGGGCCCACAGCACGAUGUGUCAAUCCCAUGGCCAAGAGCUACCUGUCAUACUUCGAACAGGGCCUUCUCUCGUCCGAGUUCGCCUACGCUAAGGAAGCGCUGGAGAUGAACGCCUCGUGUUCUUACUGGAUGAGCGCCCGUGAUCGCAUCAAGUCGCAGCUGGUUGUUUACAACGGACAGCUGUCGGAAGCAAGCGAGGAAAGCAAGGCCGACGAUGAUGAGUCAGCAGUGCGGGACCAAGGAUUUAUCUUGCCGCAGGUCAUUCCCAUGGGCACAGUAACACGUCGUGCUGUGGAAAAUACAUGGCUGACAGCCAGCAAUGCGAAGAAGAACCGGGUUGGCUCAGAGCUCAAGGCCAUGGUGAAGGCACCGCCGGGCUACUCAUUUGUCGGCGCCGAUGUGGACUCGGAAGAGCUGUGGAUCGCCUCUGUCGUUGGCGAUGCCACCUUUGGUCUGCACGGCGGCAACGCCAUCGGAUUCAUGACGCUAGAGGGAACCAAGGCUGCCGGGACAGAUCUGCACUCCCGCACAGCCAGCAUUCUUGGCAUCACGCGCAACGACGCCAAGGUGUUCAACUACGGGCGGAUCUAUGGAGCAGGUCUCCGCUUUGCGGCGCAGCUUCUGCGCCAAUUCAAUCCGUCUCUGUCCGAGGCAGAGACCGUAUCGAUCGCGACAAAACUGUAUCUGGCCACAAAGGGAACUCGCACAAACCGCAAGGCGCUGUGCAAGCGGCCAUUCUGGCGCGGCGGCACCGAAUCGUUUGUCUUCAACCGCCUGGAGGAGUUUGCCGAGCAGGAACGCCCGCGGACUCCUGUUCUGGGUGCAGGCAUCACGGAGGCGUUGAUGGGCCGCUUCAUCAGCAAAGGUGGCUACCUGACAUCGCGCAUCAACUGGGCCAUCCAAUCGUCCGGCCAGGACUACCUCCAUCUCCUGAUCGUGGCCAUGGACUACCUGAUCCGGCGCUUUAAAAUUGACGCUCGUCUGGCCAUUACUGUGCACGACGAGAUUCGCUAUCUGGUAGGCAACCACGACAAAUACCGCACUGCCAUGGCCCUCCAGGUGGCCAACGUUUGGACGCGUGCGAUGUUUUCCGAGCAGGUGGGCAUCCGCGACCUGCCGCAGUCGUGUGCCUUCUUCUCGGCGGUUGAUAUCGAUCACGUCCUGCGCAAAGAGGUCGACAUGGACUGCGUAACGCCCAGCCACAAGGAGAAAAUCCCGCACGGCGAGAGCAUCGACCUGCCGACCUUACUCGCGCAUGGUGACAAGGCCCGGCUGGAUCCAGACAUUGAACCGGCAGCUGGCCGCGCGCCCAAGCUCCACCACUUUCCGUACACGCCGCGCAAGCCGGUCAUGGAGUCGCUGCGUGAACUCGACGGUGGUGCCGAUCAUCUGGCCUUUAUCCGUGCACAGAUCACCGCAGAUGACAAGGAGUUGAAGGAAAUUAUGACGUCGACGCGGAAGCCGGUUUCGACAGCCUCGCCAUCGGCAGCCAAGACCUCGCCGACAACGCGACGCCCACGGAAGCCCAUCCUUCCCUAUCACACCAGCGCUCACCUGAUACCGAUGGGAGAGUCGGUGGCCGUGACGGAGUCUUUCGCCCGCAGUCGUUCCGGACGCCGAGCAUCGGGCCAUAGUUACUCUCAGGUAGUCGACAGCAGCGCUGAUUUCGACCAAUUUUGGGCUGCUGCGGGUGACAGCGGUCACAGUGGCAGGUUUGGCGGAAAACCCGGCAGUGGUACCUCGUCACGGCUGUAG